AUGAAAGAGCAACAUCUGAGCAAUAAAUUGUUUUCCUAUUUCCUGCACAACUCUUUCCAGACAUUAAAGAAGUGGGUGAAGGAGCUAAAAGAACACGGGCCAGAGGAUAUAGUCAUGGCUAUAGCAGGAAAUAAGAACGACCUGGGCGACACCAGGGAAGUUCCAGCUAAGGAGGCAAAAGAUUUUGCCAAGUUGAUUGCUGCCAUAUUCAUGGAGACCAGUGCCAGAAAUGCAGUAAAUAUAGAAGAACUCUUCCAGAAAAAUCAUUCUCUCAUCUCUCUUUGUCCUGCAGGUCGACAGAUUCCUCCUCUGGAGAGUGAAGAUGCAGACAGCAAUGAGUCCUUCAAACUGAUGCGACAGCCCCCUCCCUCCACCAAAUGCUGCUGUUAGACACCCGUCCCCACUCGAUCACAUCUGCAAGUCACUACAAACACUUUAGAACCAGCUAGAUCAACAGCACUAGUGCACUGAGUAUCAGGAAUCCACAUAUUCAAAACCAUCUGUUAGACUGCCUUUGUAAGCAGUGUGCGAACAACGUCAGUACUUAUUUAUGUUUUGUUUUUAUACCGUCCGAUUCUGAUCCUAACAGAAACUGCUUGAGCAUACUGUUGCUAUGGCAACCUUCUCAUGGCGAACUUGAUGUCUUGUGUAGUGUGUUUAUUUGGUGCCACGUGAAAAUGUGCGUUAUACCAACUUGUAGUCUAACCUUUGUGGUUACUGUUGAAAAUGCCAUUAAAAUGUUCCUUGUGUACUAUGUAGCAUUAAAACUACUUGGUAUAGGCAUCAGUACUUCUUAAGUCCACCAGUCUUUCAUUUUUAUUUACUUUUGGGGGUUCAAACCUUAAUUGGGGGGCGGGAGCCAGCCAUAACGCCGUAUAAUUUACACCCUGAUUAUAAGUGCAUUACUGUAAACAAGAUUCCUUAGACUUGUCUAUAUAAGUUCAGGAAUGACUUUUAAAAUGAUUGUCUGUGGUAUUUGACUGCAUACUACACACCUGGUAAAUAGAUAUUAGGUUGAAAUAUGCUUUUAAGAUGACAUUUACACAGUAAAUGGGCAAUUCCAUGAAAAUGUCAAAGAUACCAUGGAAAAAUGGCGAUUUCAAUCUUAUUUCAAUUUAUCACGCAGCCUUGAUGGUAUUAUAACGUAAUAUAAUAUGUCUCAGAGUGUCGAAGUCUGCAGAAUUUAGUAAGUGCUGCUUUCACUAAUGUCACGUCCGUAACAAAGAGAUGUCAUGUCCGUAACACCAGUUUUUCCCCAUUUAUGUGAAAUUGGAAAUUAAUAAAAAAUAAAUAUUAUAUGUUCUUAGGAGUGC